AUGCCAGGCGUACCAAAUAGGAAAAAAUCAGUGCGAAUUGCUGAAGACUUUGUCGUAGAAGACGGAUACGUUUAUUUUGAUAUGAGUAGAGAAUACGUCAACCAGGUAACCAAUAAAUAGUAACGACUUUCAUUAAAGUCAUUAAAAACAAGUAAAUUAGGGGCCUCAGGCUACUAGCGUUUCCACCUUUGUCAAAGCAAAUGAAAGAAUUGGGAGUCGCUUUGAGUUUGUCAUGAUCGCGUUUUGUCAGGACCUCAUUUUUUUGAUAGGCUAACACUUAAUUGUUUAACACGCACUUCAGUUCUCAUACUCAUCUUUUUCCCAUCUUUAGGGACAGGUUUUCAAAUUUUGUGUGUCUCUCUUAAAAAUGCGUUCAAUUUGUUAAUUAUUAAUUACAUCAUCCUCGUUUUGAACAAAAGAGGCUUACACCUCUUCACAUGGUGCAUGUUUUCCGAAUUGCCAAAUUUGGUAAUUCACCAACUAUCUCAGUCAUUUCAAGAACUCCCUUGUUUAGCCUCUUCUCGUAUUUUAUAAACAAGGAAAACCAACGGAAAGGAAACAAUGCCUUCAUAGAUAUUUUUUAUUCUUGACACUGUCAGUUUAUAAAAAAAAAAAGGAUUGUUUUAGGCCGGAGAGUAAAUAUUUCGGAUUUGCAUGUGUGUGGGUGUGAUUGUUUAUAUUUAUUAGUUAUAAGAAGCGGACUAACAGCUACAUCUUCUUUGGGGACACAUAUGUUAGGUGGAUUCAUGCGUGAUAAUUUUCUUCCACUCUUUUACAAAAUUUAUUUAUCGACAAUUGACGGAUGCGAAAGCCGAUUGCCUCUGUUUACAGUGCAAAAUUUUUAGUUUGCUUCCAUUUUUUCUCAGGCGUUCACGAAAAUACAUACCUCACCAUCAAACAUGUGGUGCUUGUGAUAGUGUGGGAGGAGUGGGAGCAUUUUGAUUUUUCUACGUUAAAAAAUCAAGAUUUUGGCAAACCUAAAAGUUGAGCUCCCAUAAUGAUACUGAUAAUAAAGAAACAAAUUUAGACCGUUGCAGCAAUGAGUGCCUGUAAACUAGCAUGGAUAAGCUAAGUGCACUUUCCACCAUAAAAAAAGCCUUUAAACCUGUUAUUAAUUUUAAUAUAUAGAUUUAGCCAGGGCUAAAAGCGAGGCUCCCAUUAGUAAAUUUAUAAUUUAAAUUAAACAAUAAACUUGUAUUCGAAUUCCACAAUUCAGUUAACUUUAGAGCACAUUUAUGUGACUUUUGAGGGAAAGGCUACCUGAUUUUAGAGAAAAAUAAUUUGCAAACAGCCCAAGAGUGAACCAAAUCUUACAUCGAGUUGAUAGCCUCAUAUGUACACUCAAAAACUGGUAAUCAUCUUUUAUCACAUUUAAGAGCCGUAAUGGCUAUUGAUCACCGUAGAUCAAUUAGGCUUAGAAAAAAAUCAGGCCAACGUUUUGGCGUUCGACAAGUUUACUUUGCAAAAUCUUGCCAACAAAUCUGGGUGCGUGUAAACCAACCUUUUAUACCAUGGACAGAAAGCAGUAUUUCACAAUACAAAUUGCUCUCAUUCAAUAUUCAUAAACUGUUAAAAAAUUUUUCCAAAAUCACCUAUACGGCCAUCCGGUUCUCACUUUUGUAGUGCGAGCUGUAGCGAGUGUUUGAAUGAACAUUAACAGAGUUACGCUCCAAGAUAAUAAAGAAUUUAUCAUGUUUAUUUUUUAUUUGAUGGUUUAACGCGCGGCAUUUUGAGAACUCCUGCAAGCGAUGUUCACUGAACGACUGAAAACAAUCGGCAUAGCGAUUAAAAUUGCAAGAGAGACUACCAACAAUCAAUAAAAGAAAUAUAAUUCGGUGAAACAUAAACAGAGACAACAAUUUUCAUUCAGGAAGACAAGUAUUAAAGUGUCCCUAAAUAUCCUGAGUCUUCAAGCUUCAAGCUUAAGUUUGCUGAAGUUUAUGUUUUAAGCCAGCUUCCCGGUGUUUGUUUUUUCAAAGACGAACUCGAGGCAAGAAAAUCGCUCAAAGCUUUCUUUUCCAGCUAGAAUUAUAAUUAAAGAUUCUUUGGAACAUUUUCUUUCUAUUUGCGGUGAGAAACUGUCUAAAGGCUUUUUAAAGUUCUGUAAGAUUAUAUCAAACCAGAUACUCGGUGAGAUCGUUGUCUCAAAACUUACAAACGCGCAUAAACUAAAUUCUCGCAUAAACUACGCUCCACUUCAUUAAAUUAGAUACAAAAAACAAACAUGAAAUACAAUAAUUUCUCUGGCUUACCAUUCGAGAUGCAGCUCCUGAAAGUUAUCAGGUAAAGCCAGUAUCGCUUCAGACUUUGCAAUCCUCUUACGCAUCAAGCAAGGUGAAAACGAAAACGAUGCCAUCCGAAAUCGGAUUUCCGACUUUGACAAGCGACGUUUUCUCAACCAAAAACCCAAUAAACAAACUAGCCAUGAGUAACAGAAGACUCCUAAUAGCAGCUGAAUUUCAUUUUGUACAUCCAGUGGAAAAAGACAGUUAAAAACAUCACAAGUUGACACAAAACUCUGUAAGCUUCAGCUAUUAAAGUAAACAAGAUUCAAGAUGCUGCAUAAAUUUUGCGCAUGAACUCACAUGUCAAAUUUUGACCAAUCAGAGCAUAAAAAUUGGACGUAGAGCGUGACCAACGCGUGACCAUUGUGAGAAAAACAAAAGCAACUGUCUUCCUGCCUGUAACAGCUGGCUGAAUUUUCACGUCUGAGGUCAGUUUGCAAUCAAAAUUUUAAUUGUGCAGCACAUAAACACAACAUAUUUCAUAUGAAUUAAGAAAAAAAAUUGAACUUGAGCCUGCGAUCACUUGAAAACUAGUUUACUUGUCAGCGGAUAACUUCAAAAAAAUACUUGACCUCGACGGGUCGACACCUGAGCCCGCGAUACGGUCAAGUGAUACUGGUCAGCGGGUACUCUGUUUUGACAGCUGUCAAUUGAUCAAAACAUUGAUGUCCAAUAUGUGUGCAUUAUCAGUUUUCCUGUGCUCCCAAACUAGUAAAAGUAUGAGAUUGAACGUUGUUCGCGAUCUAGUAAAACAGUUAACUGGUCAGCGGACAGCUUCCAAAUAAAUCACGUCACCUCGAUGAGUUGACACAUGAGCCCGCGAUAUGGUCAUGGGAUACUGGUCAGUGGCUAUCCUGUUUGGACAGCUGUCAAUUAACCAUAUUGUUAAUGUCCUAUAUUAAAGAUGUGGGCUUGCCAAGACACGCCUGAGACACCCCUCCCUUCCUUUUGAUAGUCUCCCCUACCCCACCCAUACAAUCUGUAGACGCGUACGUACGUACGUACGUACGUACGUACGUACGUACGCUCGGUCAAUCACGUGACAACCAAACGAAAAGAGGUUGACCAUAUUCCAUGGGUAUGGGGCUCUGUCCCACGCGCGCUUCGCGCGCGCGGGAGCCCCGCUAUUAAUGAGAUGAGCGAAAAUUGUCAAACUAUAACUAUUCAUUUAUCAUAAUAAUUAUGUUUUCUACCAGCACUUUUAACACACCUUUCCCUUGUUGUUCUUCUAAUAGACAUCUACAAAAGAGGCUUGCAAAAGGCAACUUUGCCUUAACCAGUGCUGCAAUCAAAAUCCAUGUGCUCACGGAGGGAUCUGCACACACCUAUGUGAUGUAGCCAAACAAAAGUUCAACUGUACAUGCUCGGAGGGAUAUUUUGGCAGAUAUUGUCAAAGGGAGAGAGCAACAUCUUGCAAAGCGCAACGGCAGAAAAAGGAAGGGAGCAAGUCAGGAGUCUAUCAACUGUUUGACCUAGCAACUAAUUCCAUGUACGAAGUCUUCUGUGAUAUUGACUCUGAAAAGAGAUUCGUUUGGACUCUGAUCGAAUCUUUCAGCCUUCGCAAUAAUAAUGAAUUUUGGGAUAAAGCAUUCUACAAAAACUAUCCGAUAAAUCAGAAAGAAUUUACUUGGAGCAAGUUUCGUUUAUCUCGCGCUCUUAUGAUGGCCACAGCAAACAACUCAACUCACGUUCGAGCAACGUGCAACUUUGAUAGUGAAAAACGCAACUACAGAGAUUACUUAAGAGCCAAGUUAAGUGAACUCGAUGUUAUGCAUUUUGAUUCUAUCGAGUGCACAAAAUUUGAAUUCGUUAGCGUUCGAGGAUAUAACUGUAGCAACUGCACAGCCCUUUUUGGCCAAUCUGAUAAAAUGCAUGCGCACAUCGAUUCUUAUUGGGGUUCGGAACAACGGUAUAAAUGCCAGUUUACCGGCGCAUUAGUAGGUGCUGUUAAGAGACCUGGAGGCGAAGAUAACUUCGGUUAUUAUGAAACAGUCAAUCUGAAUCACACAUGUACGUUGAGUGAUGAUUCUACUACUCAGUGGUGGUUUGGAGUACAUGAAUGAGCUUCAAUAAAAACUGUCACAUUUAGACAUUAACCCUUAUAAUUAUUGGGCUUUCUGGAACUAAUUUAGGGUGGCUUAGGAGGCCCCCACCACUUUAACAAGAAUACAGCCACCAAAAUUAGACAGGUUAAGGUCAUUAUAAUAAAUCAUUUGCAACAUCUAGAUUGACACAACUACGCAAUGUAACGUUAUUGGGGAAUGUCGUAUUGUUAAAUUUAUUGGCAGCACCCAUAUUUCAUCAAUUUUUCUUCGCAAUGUAAAGAUAAGGGAAAAAAUACUUUAUAAGAAAUGAUGCUCAUCAUCAAACAUGAAGAAUUGUGCAAGUCGAGGAGGAUUAAUUAAACCUCAGUGAAUAAUAGCUUCCGUAAUAUCUUAGCUCGUAUACACAGCUCUUUAUAUCAUACGAAAUCCGAAUUUAGUAAUUGUGAUGAGCCAUUAACGCUCCUCCGUUGAGACAGUAAAUAUUCAGUUCUCUUCUUUGCUCCGACAGGUUUUUUCCUUAUUAAUCCGAAUGUAUUUUCUUUAUUUCUUUACAGACUUAUUUAUUUUAUUUAUAGCCAUAGUCCAGUGUUUUUUUUCUUUUGGCAAAAAAUGAGGGUAUAUAUUUAAGACCUCAAAGGGCCGGGCUUUUGAAUUGCUAUUUGCCGAAGCCGAGGACUGUACAUGAUGAGAUAGCAGGCAGCGCACAAAAUUCCUUACAUCAUAUUCCGUUUCAUCUCAUGGGUUGUAUCAACGUCAUUUAGGUAAACUAAUGCUAUGUUCUAUUAAAGGUAAUUAUGUGUAGAAGUUCAUGCUAUUUGAGAACAGCAAGCCCAUUUCAUUUGAGACAUUUUCAAUUUAAGUGGAAUGUUAAUCUAAUAUGGAAUUCAAUCAUGGAAAGGAACACUCAAUAUUAAAUCGUACGCCCAAACAAUGACGCUGAUGAAGUAUUAUCUUUUCUUUUUUAAUAGUCUUUGAUGUCUGUAGUUUGAAAUGAAGAGUCGCAGCUUGUCAGAGGGGAUCGAUGCAAAUAAAGCGGUGGUGGUAUAAGUAAAACGGUUAUGAAACAUCUUGCUAUACAAGGCACCCCUUCAAAUAUUAUACGCUGUCAAAAGCGUAUGACCAGUUUCGUUUCCAGGGUUCUCUCCUAGGAACGUGAGAGAGAGGACCCUGGAAAGAGGCUAGUGUAUAAAUGUCAUGAAUGUGAAAUGCAUCGAUGAGAAAUGUUAAUGCCAGUCGUACUAAAUCAGACAAAAUCGAUGCUAGUUGCCAAAUGAAGACAGAUUUUCUGCCAAGACGACUUUGUCUAGAGAGAAGGAUAUAUUCCUGGAGCUAGGUCCGUUUUGCUUUAUCCAGAGGACACAAAAGGUUUGUAACUGGAUAGGGAUUGAAAUUUGGGAAAAUGUAGUUUUAAGUAAAACCGAUAUUACUAUGACAACAAUAAACAAAAAAACUUCGAAAUUGGUAAACGCCUGAUUUUCUUCGAUCUAGACCAGCCACUGAAAAUCCAACACUAGGAACUUAAAGUUUGGUGUGUAGCAAACAAUCCCCGUAAGAAGUAAAAAAAUUCUGUAUGUUUGAAUUCGACUAAAACGAAAAUAUAUUUCAAACCCUAAAUUUUCAACAGCCGUGAUAGAUUAUUUAAUAAAAACGUUAUCAACUUCUUCAACUUCUUCUUCAACUUUAUUUUAUAAGACUAUUGGUUACAAUAGACUGGCCCGCAAAAUAGCAAUUGCUAAUCUAGGCGGACCAGUUAAAAGAAAAAUAAAUUGAAAGGAAAAGAAAGGAAAGGAAAAGGACGGAAAACUACAAUUUGAAGUUACAAUAAAUAAUAUUCUAUCACAGCUUUAUUUUAAUUACAUUAAAUCUGAACAAGCAAACAAACAAAUACUUUAAUACAGAAAUCACUAAACUAUUAAUCGAACUUUUUCAACUAUUAAGGGCGUCUCAAUAUAGUCAUCUUCUCUUUUCAAGAUAUCCGAAAGCAAUCUGUGAAGUACUUUCUUAAAUUUCUUUUUAGGGAGAUCUCUAAUAUGACAAGGCAUCUCAUUCCAAAGUUUUACACCAAAGCGAGACAAGGAGUUUUUGUGUAUUUCCAGCUUUGAGCUUUUGACGUGAAAGUUACCUGAACUAGAUGAUCUUGUAUAGUAUGAAUGAAUUGUUGAAGUUUUUUCAAAUAAAUUGAGCAGAUUUGUUGGCGAAUUGUUGUUGUUAAUAUCGUGCAUUAGAUUAGCCACAGUUUUAUAAUACAUAAAUGACACUGGUAAUAUGUCAGCGUCGAUAAAUAGAGGAAUUGCGUGUUCACGUAUAUCCGUAAAAUACAUCAUGCGAAGCACUUUCUUCUGGAGAAUUAAAAUUUUAUUGAGGGACGUUUUGGAUGCCUGACCCCAGGCAGCAAGACCAUAGUUUAGGUGAGGGUGGAUUAAUGUUUGGUAAAUAUAUAACAGUAUAUGACGGGGUAUGGAGUGCCGAAGUUUUGAAAUUAGUCCAACGGUUUUACUGAUUUUUGCCGUAAUGGCGUCAAUGUGAUAUUUCCAAGUAAGAUUUUUAUCAAUCAACACACCAAGAUAUUUAAUAUAAUUUUUGGACUCUAGAGUUACAUUUCCAUUUUUUUCGUUAUCGAACAUGCAGAGGCUCGGUUGGUAAGUGACUUUUUUUGAUAAGGAUGAAAGAUUACAAAGUUAGUUUUUGUAGUAUUGAGAGUUAACUUAUUGGAUGUUAACCAUUCGUGGAGGUUUUUCUAAUUCGAUAUUUACUAUAUUUUUUAGGGAUUUUAAGUUUUUAUCGGCAUAAAGGAUAUUAGUAUCAUCUGCGAGAGAUAAAACUUAAGUUUAUUCGAGCAUUGAUGUAUGUCAUUAACAUACAAUAAAAAAAGCAACGGGCCGAGCACGGAUCCUUGGGGAAUGCCAUAACUUACGUUGGCUUUGUUUGAAAUGUAUGGUCCGAUUUGGGUAGAUUGCAUCCGAUUAUUCAAAUACGAGGAGAACCAAUCAUUAAUAAUUCCACGAAAACCAUAGUGAUUAAGUUUGUCAAGUAAAAUGUUAUGAUCGACAGUAUCAAAAGCUUUCUUGAGGUCUAUGAAGACUCCGCACGAGAAAAGACCUUGAUUCAUAUUAAUUUGUAUUGCGUUUACAAUGUCUAAUAUUGCAUGGUGAGUCGAGUGACCUUUACGAAAACCGUACUGAGAGGAAUACAAUAAGUUAUGUUUGUCAAUGUAAUCUUUCAUUCUGUUGUACAUGAUCUUUUCAAAAAUUCUGUUACAGUUAGAUAAUAAGGAUAUAGGCCUGUAGUUAUUCGCAUCAUUAUCUUCGCCACUCUUGAAUAUUGGAGUUAUUUUGGACAAUUUAAGUUUUGAGGGGUAUUUUCCUAGUGUAGGAGAUAUGAUACUACUUGCACACUUUAAUAAUUUUAUGGGAGAUGAAUAUAGACCAUAAGACUUGUUGUUUGGUAUGGAGAGUAUCUGAAAUUUUACUUCGUCGGACGUCACCGGUAAGAAUAGAAAAGAUGAAGAUGGUGCUUUGCAAUGACUAACGUAAUUAAGAUAAUGUUGUUGUGGCGUUGGAAUUGUGCUAGCUAGCCUAUUUCCUACAGACGAAAAAUGGUCAUUAAGAAUAUUAGCGACCUGUGAAGGUUCUUUUACGAUUUUGUUGCUCUUAUUCGGGUCCUUAAUAGCAGUUAUAAUUUUGGUCUUCUUUCCGCGAUGCAAGACGUCAUUUAUUCCUUCCCAUGUCUUUUUCAUGUUUGUUUUGUGGCGUUCGAAAUAAUCCUGAUAGUAUAUCUUUUUACUUAGACGUAUCAGGCUACAAAUUUUGUUUCUAUAAUAUUUGUAUUUGUCUUCGUCACCGGACACAUACAAUUUGUUUUUAACCAUAAUGGAUGCUUUUAAUCCAGUAGUAAUCCAAGGCUUAGAAAGCUGUUUGGCUUUACGCUUUGAUAACUUUGUAAUGGGAGUUAUAAAUGACUUAAAUUGUUCUUAAGUAGCGUCAGAACUGCUGCUUAAUACCAUAUUUCGAUGCUAGGAAAUUUUUUUCAUCAGUCUUCCAUUACUAAGAAAAGCUGAGCUUGUUAAAUUGUAAUUUUAGAAAAUUUGUUUAAGAUUUCAUCGUAAUUAUCAAAGUAAUGAAAAUCGAGGUUUCACUAUUUAUGGGGAGAUUGUUACAUUGCACUGCAUGGCUUUGUUUGCUAAAAUCAGCAUGAACUGAUUGGGAAAACAGAUGAAAUAGACAAUAAUAUCUACCGUUAAUUAUUGUAACUUUCGCUGUUUGCGUUUCCUGACGUCUACAAAAGUAAUCUACUAGAUGUAUUUUUCACACAUCUCGGUAAGGAAAUGGAAGCUGCCAUCUACAUCAUUGUUUUACUCCAUAUGAAGGGAAUUUCGUCUGCCUUGAGCAAAUACUGCAUGGGUGAAUUUGAAGAGAGUAGGGGAAACGUCAACCAGGAUGGUUUGAAACAUCGUGCCUCGUUAGGCCACAGUUUUAAUAAUGAAACAUCAUCUACAUCUUUUGACUGCCACGUGAAAUGCUUUGAUGAGAAAUGCAGGUGCCAAGCGUACCAAAUCUGGAAAAAUCGCUGUGAGUUGCUGGAUGAAGACAGGUUUUCCGCCCCAGAUGAUUUCGUCUACCGUGAAGGAUAUAGCUACUUUUAUAUGAAUAGGGAAUAUGUAAACCAGGUAAGAAAUAAUUUUUAAAAACAAACGCUUAUUCGGCAAUGUAAUGGACAUCUUUAGCUGGGUGGCUCCGUCUCUUUGUCUACAUUUCGUUUUUUCGUUUCGAAUUUCACCACCCAGCCAUGUCUUUUUAUCUUUUAGGUUUCCAAGAACAAAUGAUCAUCCUUAAUUAAACCUUGCAGUAACCAGUGCUGUAACCAGAAUCAAUGUGCCAAUGGGGCACCUGCACUGAGUUAUGUAAAGACGCUAAAAACAAAUUCAACUGCACAUGCGCAAUAG